AUGCCGUCUUUCACGUCACCGCUGACUCCCGACGGCGUCCCUCGCCCACCAAAUUCCUGGAUCCUCUAUCGAGCCGACAAGCAUCGUGAAGUACGCGAAGCACAGCUCAAGGCCGCCAAAGAGGCCGGCAAUGGCGACACACAGGUCAAAGCCCGUUCUCAAGCCGAGAUUUCUCAAAUGAUCGCAGAAUGGUGGCGUAAUGAGGUUCCGGAAACGAAGAAACUCUACGAAGAAAUGGCAGAGAUGCGCAAGCGUCUUCACCUUGCUGCGCAUCCGAAUUAUCGAUACAAGCCGAAGCGACAGGCAAAGGCGACAAAAACCUCCGCUGCCACCGACACUAUCACCGUCACCGCCAGCUCCGACUUUUCUUCAAAGGGAAGCUCACCGUCAAGGGCUUGGGCCAACGGUGGCAAAGUGGGCUCUGAAAGGUACUCACCUGUGCUUGUUUCUUCCCCGCCAAAGGUGGUCGGGGCAACUUCGGCUUUAAAAAGCGAGCCGUCGGACGCUGAGAUUCACGUCUCUCUUCAUCACACCAAGCCAAUGCAGAUCUCCAACGCGCAGAUGCACCCAUUGCCACGGUGCCACAAGGAAUCUUCGUUGCCAGAAGCGAAGCUCAAGAAAGCUGCUGUCGAAGCCCACCGUGCCAAGAUGCCGUCACGGAAGAGUAAUUCGAGAAAGGUGCCCUAUCAUGGCAAAUUAUUCAAGGCUGCUCCGUGGAGCUCGGAAGAGAAUCACACCCAGCACCCGCGCUUCUACAAGGACUCAUACCUGAUCGGUGAUGUAGCACCUGAGACGAGGACGGUGCCCAAGGCUCCUCAACCAUGGUGGCAGCAGCGACCGUCGCGCAUGGACAUCCCUGCGAAGAUGACGGAAAACUACACAUUUCCAUCAUCCCUGAACCAAGCGCGCUUCAGGACGAGCGACCAGGGCGACAACAUCGUCUGCCCUACCGCCGCGUAUACAUAUCUGGACCAUUCGUCGGCGAACACAGUAUCUUCGCCUUCACCUCCAUCGACCGCUAGCUCCAAUUCUCUAGACUUCCACGCCUUCAGCUUCUCGCCCAACCUCACCGAUGACAACAGCUUCGGAACCAGAGACCCAGUAGUCGAUGACGUUCCCUUCUCGCACUUGACUCUGCAGCCGUCGCACUUCCAAUCUUCGACCGACUGUCCUGCGAACAUUCUUUCUGGCGACCACCCCGUCCACCAUUACCUUGCUACCGUCGGAACUCACGCAGUCCCUCAACUUUCGUUCAUUGAGGAUCACCGUCAGCAGAUUUUUAGCAGUCAAGAAUCCUCGGCUCGGUUUCAGCACCAGCUUCCUCACUUUGGUGAUCACCAGCUCCAGGGGUAUACAGUGGGGUUCCCGACACCCCCGCCUUUGCAUCCGAUGCAGGAGGGAAUGGCAGUCUCUGACAGCACCAGCACGCCGGCUCAUCACAAUGCUUUAAGCCUUCCCUCACAAGACCCAGCGCACGCCCAUCCUUCCUCAAUGGCGUCAACCUCGACGAGCUCGGCACAGCCAGCCAUCGUUCGCGAUGCUUUGACAGACUAUUGUCACCCAAUCGAGAAGCGCAACCACCAUGACACGAUGGAGAUGAUCCUGAACGGCGGCCAUUCCUUCCAGCAAGAGCACACAGUGGCAUCCCCCGCCUCGUACAUCUCGGCAUCAUCAUCAGAAGAACGAAAUUUGCCGUGCAUUCAUCCUUCCUCACCUUCGUCCUUUCGAUCGUCGUUAGAAGAGUCAUUAGAGUAUGGUCCUCUUUCGCAUCUUUCGCAACCGCAUCUUUCGCAACCGCAUCUUUCGCAACCGCAUCUUCCGCAACCGCAACUUUCGCAACCGCAACUUUCGCAACCGUAA